AUGGAUGCUCACGAAGACGAUAGCGACAUCAAGUUGCAAAAGGCCUCAUCAGAGCUCAUUGCAGAGUUCUCUCGCUCGCUUCCACUCUUCCUGCGCAAGCCUGAUGGCAAGACCCUCCGCGCCCGCGUCAGGGUGUCAGAGACCUCACGUCUGACUUCAAGCCUCCUUGAUCCAUUCCAAGAACUGCCUCAGCUACUGGAUCCUCAUCUACCAGAGUGGCUCCCCCUCCUUGCAUCAACGUAUCUGGAGCACCUCAACACCCGCUCCCGGGCCCGGGCCCAGCCAUCGGCUUCAACCCGCUCCCAGCUCCUGGAACCCCUGAACCUCGCCAUCGCCAAAAUCAUCUACACCUUCACCAAGAUCCGCGGCGAAAAGGUUAUUGUUCGCUUCCUCAACGUCGAGUCCCGCCACAUCGAGCCCCUUCUCUCGGCCCUUGAAGCCUCAGAGCGCGCCUCGUCAACCGCACGCCCCGCGCUCAACCCCCUUUCUUCGCCCCAGUCAUCCUCCGCAGCGGCAACAUCCUCAUCGGGUGCCAUAGCACAAUGGUCCUGGGAAGAGCGCUACCUCGUCCUCCUCUGGCUCUCACACCUCCUCCUCGCCCCUUUUGACCUCUCAACCAUCUCCUCCGCCUCCGCCGACCCGGACCUCACUCUCCCCACGAUCCCAGACUUCGACUGGCCCGAUGACCUCCCCGGAAUCACCGUCCGCAUUCUACCCCUCGCUAUCAAGUACCUCGCCACCUCCGGCAAAGAGCGCGAUGGCGCUCGCGCCCUGCUCAUCCGCAUCGCCAUGCGCCGCGACAUGCAAUCCCAAGGCGUCCUCUCCGCCCUCGUCCACUGGUCUCUCGCCUCCCUGAAACCUUCAUCAUCCUCCGACGCUGCGACACCGGCACCGCCGCAGCCGCCCUACUUUUACAUCGGCGUCCUCUCCUUCCUCGCCGGCGUCCUCCGCUCGUCCAUAAACACCUCCGAUAUGGACGCCUACCUCUCGCCCAUCUUCCUCACCGCGCAUGCAGUCGCCUCGGCUGAAGACCCCCAGGAUACCACGGCCACGGCCACAUCCACCCCGUCCCUCUCAAGCGCUAUCCGCUCCGUCGCCGUAGCGCGCAAGAUGCUCAUCAAAGUCAUUCGCUCCGUCACGGUCCUCCUUCUACGCAGCAACAGGUCCCCGUCAGAUCAGCAGAGCACCGACGAACUAGUCGAAUUGUCCAUAGGUUACCUGCUAGAAUCCCUUGCCGACAACGACACCCCCGUCCGGCUGGCCGCCUCUAAAGCCCUCAGCAUCGUCACCCUCAAGCUUGACCCGGACAUGGCCUCUCAAGUCGUCGACGCCGUCCUGGACUCCCUCAACCGCAACGUCUUUUGGACCCGCGACCCGGGCACUCCCAAAGGAGCCUCUUCUGCCACCACCACGCGCGACCUUACAGCCGUCGACCCCCUAGAAUGGCACGGUCUAAUGCUCACCCUCUCCCAUCUCCUCUACCGCCGCUCUCCACCCGCGUCUCAACUUCCCGCCAUCGUUCACGGCCUCCUUCUCGGCCUCUCGUUCGAAAAACGCAGCACUUCGGGCGGUUCCAUCGGCACAAACGUCCGCGACGCAGCCUGCUUCGGCAUCUGGGCCCUCGCACGCCGCUACACCACCCCGGAACUCCUCGACGUCCCCACCGCCGCCGUCGUCGCGGCACGCAGCUAUCAUCGCGCCGCGUCCAACGUCACCAUCCUACAAGUCCUCGCCACAGAGCUCACUGUGACAGCUUCUCUCGACCCGGCAGGCAACAUCCGCCGCGGCGCCUCGGCCGCCCUGCAGGAGCUCAUCGGUCGGCACCCGGAUACCGUCGAAAAGGGCAUCUGGGUCGUGCAGGCUGUAGACUAUCACACCGUCGCCCUGCGCUCGCGUGCGGUACACGACGUCGCGCUCAGCGCGACCAAGCUCUCGUCGCAGUACGGCGCCGCUCUGCUGGAUGGCCUGCUCGGCUGGCGGGGCAUAGGCGACGCCGAUGUCGUCUCGCGGCGCGUGGCUGGCGCGUCGUUUGGUACGCUCACGCUGGAGCUCGCGCGACAAGCUGGAGCCGGGCCUUCGUCGUCUCCGUCUGGCGGGUCUGGAAACGACGACGUUGCUCAGUUCACGGCGUCCAUCGAGAGGGUGCUCGCGCGCCUGCGUACGCUCCAGACGCGCCAAGUCGACGAGCGACAUGGUCUCGUUCUCUGCCUCGCGUCCGUCCUGGAUAAGUUCCCCGAGCUGCUUGCCGGCAAGCCGGUCGAUAGCGUCACUGGAAUCGCUCACCGCAUCGUCCGUGAACUGGAGGUCCUCUUCAAGGAAUUCCAGACGACGACGUAUCGUCGACCGGAGCUAGUCGCCGAAGCGUACAGCCGUUUAAUCACUUCAUCAUUCCCUAUCCUACAAACUACUUCAUCUCCCAAAGGCGCAAUCAUAAACCUAGAGCCAGGCUACAGGGUCGUCUCAACAGAUAACACCGAAAAUCUACUCCAUGCCAUCAAGACGAUCGACAACGCCCAGGAUACCAACAUAAUCCCCGACGGUGUAACGAGCUUGGUCUCGACUUUUACCCCCAUCGUCAGCGCAGGCCUCGUCCGCACAGAAAAGGAAGCCGUCGCCGCGUCCUCGGAAGCAGCCCUCGUCCUCCUCGUCUUCUCCCCCGCACAAGAGCGCACGCGCAUCGUCACAGAAUGGGCCGGCGCCGUGCGGCAGCGGCCUACAUCGCGCGCGGCCAGCGACACGGGCGCGCUCUAUGCGCUGACGAUGGCGUACCCAGUCACAACUACGUUUAGCGACGGCGGCAGCAGCGUCGUCUGCGACACCAUCCUCACCCGAUGGGCCGGCGACAACGACAUUGACACGCGCGUGGCGAUCCUGCAGGCCCUCUCGCAGAGCGGUCUGCUACGGGACCAGGCGCUCGUGUUCCUCGACCUGCUGGCGGAGGGUCUGAACGAUUAUACGACGAACGCGAGGGGCGACGUCGGAUCGCACGUCAGGUUGGAGGCGCUCAAGGCGACGAGGUCAUUGUGGACUAUGGCUCUUGGUGUGGAUCGCUCUCAUUCUGUCAUCAGGGGAAACAAUCAUCACGAGACGGAAUGGCUUCCCGCGGCGGUCUCGAAGCUGUUCCUUCGGACGCUGCGUCUAGCUGCUGAGAAGCUGGAUCGCGUACGGACUGAAGCGCACGCGGUCCUUGCUCUGACUGUUGAGCCUAGCUUCGCAACAACCUUUACAAAGCUCACCUUUUCGUCAAAAACCUACUUCCAAACCCUCCUAAACCUCUUCGCGACAGAAAACAGCCUGCAGCCGCCCAUCGCGGAGCCGGCCAGGGCCGACGCGGGGGCCUGGAUGGCGGAGCUGCUGGCGGGGUACGUCACGUCGGCCGACACGGGCAACGAGGACCUGGUCAUCGCGUCCCGCGCGGCGCUGGCCGACUUUUGCGCCGCGUCGCCGCGGAACCUGGAAGCCGUCUGCGUGGCGCUGGUGAGUAACGUCAAGACCAGGCAGACGCCGGGCCAGGGCCAGGGAGACCGCGUGGUGGUGCCGACGCUCGAGAUCGUGGCGUUCCUCUGCCACGUCGGGCUCUUCCAAAAGUGUCGCGAGGUCGACCUGCGGCACCUGUGCCUGCAGGUCCAAAAGGCGGGUUACAAGACGGGUAAUGUGAGGAAGCUGGAGGCUUGUAUCAAGGUGUACGGCUGCGUGGCUGGGUUCGACGAGGUGUGUGCCGGUGUAACUGAGGAGGACCUCGGAAAGGAGGAGGAGGAGGAGGCGGAGGAGAUACUACGGGGUAAGAGACGGGACGGUAUCUCAGAGGCUAGGAAGCGGCUCGGCGCGUUGAUGUUUCAUCCCUGGCCGAGGGUGAGGAGCCUUGUCGUCGACGAGCUGUGGAAGCUGUUUGGGGAGCAGGAGGAUGAGGGUGAGCAUGGCGGCGGCGGCGGCGGCGGCGGCGAGUCGCUCAAGAGCGUCGACUGGAGUAAAGCCGAUAAAGCCUCCAUCAAUCGCGUCGUGGAGCAGUUUGCAUUGUCUCGGGCAGCCUAA